AUGGAGAAAUAUAAUCUCACAAUGGUGACUGAAUUCAUCCUGGUGGGCAUCACUUACUACCCUGAGUUUCAGGUACCAUUGUUUGGACUGUUCCUCAUCAUUUAUCUGACCUCACUGGUUGGCAACUUGGGUAUGAUCAUCCUUACCAUGGUGGAUUCCAGGCUGCAAACACCCAUGUACUUCUUUCUCAGACACCUCGCUACUACUGACCUUGGUUAUUCAACAGCUGUGGGACCAAAAAUGUUGAGAAGUUUUCUUGUAGAUCAAAAUACAAUAUCAUUUUAUGCCUGUGCUAUCCAAUCAUCUUUCUUUAGUAUGUUCAUUGUUUGUGAAUUUUUUAUUCUUUCUGCAAUGUCUUAUGACCGUUAUGUGGCCAUCUGUAAACCACUCCUCUAUACUGUCAUCAUGUCACAAAAAGCAUGUUGGAUACUAGUCACCAUUCCCUAUCUCUAUAGUAUAAUUGUCUCACUUCUAGUUAACAUAAAGAUUUUCACUUUAACCUUCUGUGGCUACAAUGUCAUCAGUCAUUUCUACUGUGAUGCUCUCCCUUUGUUAACUUUGGCCUGCUCAAACACACAUGAAAUUGAGGCGAUAAUUUUAAUCUUCUCAGCUUUUAAUUUGCUUUCGUCUCUUCUUAUAGUAAUUGGGUCCUAUCUAUUUAUCCUUAUGGCAAUUCUAAGGAUUAACUCUGCUGAGGGCAAAUGGAAGGCUUUCUCUACGUGUGGGUCCCACCUGACAGUUGUCAUCGUCUUUUAUGGGACUUUGAUAUUUAUGUAUUUGCAACCUACAUCCACUCACUCCAUUGACACUGGUAAAGUGACUUCCAUAUUUUACACCCAGGUUAUCCCUAUGUUGAAUCCCUUAAUAUACAGCUUGAGGAACAAAGAUGUAAAAGAUGUCCUUAAAAAAACAAAGGAAAAAGUGCACAAUCUUGUCUCAUAG